AUGCGUGUUUCGGGUCGUUGUGUCACUGCUGGUUUCUCAGGUGCUUCGGAACGGCAACAAUUUGACUGUGCUGGCCACAGUCAGCUUCAACAGUUUCAGCGCUGCAUACCGCUGCACCAUUUCCACGAUGGGAUCGUGGAUUGCCCGGAUGGAAGUGAUGAAUUUUGCUUUCCUGGCUACGUAAAAUGUGGUUCAUACUGUGUUACGCCACAAUAUGCACCUCAAUGCUUUAUUAAUCCUAAAGAAAAAUUAUGUGGAGUAGCUGGAGCAGUGCCCUGCAAAGGCUUCGGAGAAUGUGUAAUGAGGAAGUGGAUCGAGCAGGGUCGUAUGAGCUGCAUUGAUAAAUCGGAUCAAGGUUACGUUCGAAAUCUCGCUAUCAAAAUUUAA